GCUACUCGGCUAGUAAAUGGAGAUACUGGAAUUCAAAACCAGGCAGUCUGGCUCAAGUCCUGAUCCUGGUAGAAUGGGAAUCAUAUUCUUCAUGAAAUAAGUUUUUGAUAUUUUUGUCCAACUCAUAUACUCAAUGAUAUCAGUAUUAUAAUAAUGAGGCAUCACUAUUUAAGAUCUGAGAAUGGAGACUCCUGGCAUUUUCAUACCUAAGUUUUUGCCACCCUUUCCGGAAAAUCUUCUCCAGCUUUAAAAGUAAUUAGAUGAGGACCUCAGGUUCUUCAGAUCUUAACAGUGGUUGGAGAAAGUGGGGAAGUGUGUGCCAUAUCACGAUAAAAUAAGUUUCAGGAUUGUUCUGGAGAUGACGUGUCCUCGCCACGAUCAUGUUCAUGUUGUUGCACAGGUGGGAAAGAUCAUGGCUCCUGGGGGGAACCAGAGCAUUGGUGUUACAGAGUUCAUCCUGGCAGGUUUCCCAAAUCUCAACAGCACAAAAGCAGAACUGUUUUCUGUCUUCCUUCUCGUCUAUCUGCUGACUCUAACAGGCAACGUGUUGAUUGUUGGAAUGGUAGGAGCUGACACUCGCCUGCAGACUCCUAUGUACUUCUUUCUGGGUAACUUGUCCUGCCUAGAGAUCUUGCUCACUUCUGUCAUCAUUCCCAAGAUGCUGAGCAAUUUCCUAUCAAGGCAACACACUAUUUCCUUUGCUGCAUGUAUUACCCAGUUCUAUUUCUACUUCUUUCUUGGGGCCUCGGAGUUCCUGCUGUUGGCUGCCAUGUCUGUGGAUCGCUACCUGGCCGUCUGUCACCCUCUGCACUACCCCUUGCUCAUGAAUGGCACUGUGUGCUUUCGGGUGGCCUUGGCCUGCUGGAUGGGGGGACUUUUCCCUGUGCUUAGCCCCACAGUGGCUGUGGCCUUACUUCCUUUCUGUGAACAGGACGCCAUGGUGCAGCACUUCUUCUGUGACAGUGGUCCACUGCUCCGCCUGGCACGCACCGACACCGAGAAGCUGGAGGAAACAGACUUUGUACUGGCCUUUCUCGUCAUUGUAUCCUCACUGAUGAUUACUGCUGUGUCCUAUGGUCACAUAGUUCUGGCUGUCCUGCGCAUCCCCUCUGUUUCAGGCCGACAGAGGGCCUUCUCUACCUGUACCUCCCACUUGAUGGUGGUGACCCUCUUCUAUGGAAGUGCCAUUUUUCUUUAUGUGCGACCAUCACAGAGUGGCUCUGUGGAUACUAACUGGGCAGUGACAGUGGUAACAACAUUUGUGACACCACUGAUGAAUCCAUUCAUCUAUGCCUUACGCAAUGAGCGAGUCAAGGAAGCUUUGAAGGAUAUGUUUAGGAAAGUGGUAGCAGGCUUUUGGGGGGGAACUUUUGCUUCCUAAGAGUUUCAGUAAGAAGGAGUGAAGUGAAAGUGAAGGGGGAUGUAAUAACCAGUCAUAAGUCCAAGUCUUCUCCGUUGUCAUUCUUUUUCCUGUGGUUAUCAUGGACAUCACCAAAUGACCAAAUUCUGUAAUCCCAAAAGAAUUCCAAAGUCAUCAAGUCUACCCUUCUUCUCCUUCAGGCAAAAUUUCUUGAUUCUAUCUCAUACAUACCCCCAUAUUAUUAUUGAUAUAUCAUGAUCAAUACCAUCAUUACAUCUUAAGAUCCUCCAGCCGGUGAGAUCUUAACCUAAAAGUCCAUGGUCACCAGGGAGUCUAGGGAUGGACUUCAGAAAAUUUAUAAGCUGCCUUACUAUUUAAAUUUUAUGUGUUUGACUUCAUAUGCAUUUGUCUGGGAAGAGGAUCCACAGUUUUAAUCCAAUUCUUGGGAGAUCUGUGUGACCUUUGCCAAAAGUUCAAAACUGAUUAAAAUUUUCAGUAGUAUCUUUUGGUUAUUUAUGAAAAACAAGAAUUUUAAGAAAAAUUUCCUUAUAAUCUUAAAAAUAAAUAAAAAUAAAAUAGAUUACCUGUGUAUUUUUGUAUACAUUUUAUGGAAAACAUUGCAUUUACUGUCAGGUGGAAAAGAGGUACAGCAAACUGAGUAAGGGACUUAUGCAC